CAUAAUUUAAUAUUAUAGACAGUAUAUAAAUAUCAUUAAAAAUUAAUGCUUUCAAGAAAGGUUUCUUAUUAAUAAAAUCCUGAUACUUCAGUAGUACCUAAUGAAUUUCUUGAUUCCCUUCCUACAAAUAAAUAAAUAAAAAAUUUUGUGAUUUCACGUAUUUCUCCAUUAAAAAGUAGAUUAAAAACUCAUUCUGUUAAUGAUUUAAGCCUUAACAAUGAUCUAAGUAUAGGUGAUUUACAGUAGAUUUAUCAGGUAGAAAAAUAAAGUAAUUAAUUGCAGGUCUCUCACAAUAGAGCAGAAUAUAAUAGUUAGUUAGAUAUCUUAAAUAGCUUAAAACAUCACCGGAAGGUUUCAUCGAAUUAAUUUGCGUUACCUAAAAUUGAAGAAAGAAAAAAUUCAAGGAUAAUGUAUUUAGAGGCAUAUUCUGAUGAGAAUAAAAUGUAAAAGGGCAAAGAAAAGCAAAAGAGAUCUGUUAGUUUAUCUAAAAAUAGAGAGAAAACUCAAUAAAAUGAAAAUUAAAUUGAUUUAAACAAAAGAAAAAGCAUUUAAACUGAAAUUAAUAAUGUCGAAUUAGAUAAUUGGAAGGUGUAAAACUAGUAAAAAAGCACUAAGAUUACUAAUUUAAAAACGUUGAGCCCAAAAAUUUAAAAAAAGACACCAAACUAAGAGGAAUUCUAAGAAUAACUCAAGAAGUAAGUCAAAUUUUUUAAGAGAAAAUAAGAGCUUGAUGGAUAAAUAUUUGAGUAAGUAGAAUUAUUUUAAAGACAGUUAGAAUAAGACAAAGAUAUAGAAAAAAUACUAUUCGAUACUUACGAAAAAGAAAAUAAAGACAACUAAGAAAGAAAAUAAAAAAUCUAGCAGUAAAAUAAAUAAACUUCUUUUGUAAUUAAACAACAAAUAUAAGAAAAGGCUUUAAAAAAUAAGGAGUAGUUUGAGAAGUUGAAAUUAGAAAACAACUAAAUCUCUCAAUAAAAACAAGAUGAAGAUAAAAAAAAUAAUUUAAUACUAAUAUAAAAAAAGAAAGAAUUGUAAAAUCAUUACAAAGAGUUAGCUAAAUAAAUUUUAAUUAAAUAAAAAUCAAAUCAACAAAGUGAAGUCCCUAUAAGUAAGCCAAAAGAGCAAAGUUUUAAUGACAGAAUUUGCAGCUAAGAUUAAUCUAGGAUUUAAAAUAGAUAGGAAAAUUCCAAAAGUAUUUAAGGUUUUCUAAAGAAAUAGCAAAGAGAUUAAAAAGAACACAUGUUUCUAGAGUAUAAAAAUAUGUAUGAUAUUUGA